AGGUAUUGUUAUUUGUUAGAAAUAUCAUAACUCUUCUAUGGAGUUUGUGAAGAGUAGUAAAACUGAGGUAAUGUCAGAUCCUGUAUUACAAGAUCCACACAUUAUGAUACAUGGACAAAAUGAUAAGAAAAAAAUGGAUGAAUUCUCACAAAGUACUAUUAAUUCUGUAGCUAAUGAUGACUUAACAGAGGAGCCACCAUCCAGUGUGUCUUCCAGCCUUCCCAUGUAUCUACUAACAACAGAGGGUAGUGAUGGUUGCACACAACGUUAUAUCGUCAGUGACCCAUUUAAAGAUUCGGAAAUUGGUGAUUCUUCAAAUUUGUUCAAAGACAGUGAAAUAACUGCUGGUACUUCAUCCAACUUCACAUCAAGCCUUGGUUACCCACUUUCAUAUUACACCUCUACCACCCCACCUAGUGAUAAUUCACAAAUAUUAUCCAUAAUUAACAACGAGAACGAAGACAAUGGAACAAGCAACGCUGUUACACAAGUGACCUCAUCAGAUUUAUCGGAAGAAAUGAUCCGUAGCUUCGUUGUGGGUGGGGGGAAUCCCCAGCAUACCCAGACAGACGCCGCGGGGUCAAGUGAGGUCAUUGACCCCACCCAAGUUGUCACAGCAAUUAUCACUGAUGAUGAAACUAAUGUUGCGACCCCGACCGAAAAACAAGUUAUAAUCGUGACUGAAGGAGCGGAAGGUGAAGAUAUGGUCGUGGAGGAUGACGAUUAUUUCCAAGAUGCAGGAAUGGCUGGAUAUGAAAAUGGAGAGUUUAUGGUCACGUUGCUUCCUAAUAAAGAAGAUAUGAAUGUAUAUGAUGCAUCUUAUACAGGUGGGGUGACAACAAACGAACCUCCGUUAGACCUUCAGUUCGAAGUUGCGGCCGAAAUCACUAAUUUAGAAGGCCAACUUCUUCGUCGAGAAAUUGUUACUCAAACCACCACUUGGAGGAAACCAAGAGCAACGAGAAAGCAAAAACAAUCCUCAUACAAAGGUGAAGGUUCUCUAGUGAAUAAUUCUACCAAUAAUAAGCAAUUUAAAUGCGACAGGUGUAGCUUGAAGUUCCAACAAAAAGACAUGCUGGAUAUCCAUGUUAAAUGCCACACAGUGUUGGAUAAAGUUUACAAAUGUUUCCACUGUGGUGAAACACACAAGCAUUGGGUUAAGAUGUACCACCAUCUUUUCAGUCAUGGUAUAGAGAAGCCACACAAAUGUCCAGUGUGUUCUUUCUCAUGUAUAAGCAAAAGUGACUUAAUAGCUCAUGAGUUCGUUCAUAGCAAAACUAAGAAUUGGACAUGUCCCAAAUGUAAGCGAAGUUUUAAGCAUCGGCGAAACAUGGUCGCGCAUGAACGAACUUGUCCUGGGGUCGAUGAAUCGGGGAAAAUGAAUCCAACGAAGAAUGAGGAGAAAUUUGUUUGUAGUGUUUGUUCGAAGCAGUUAAGCAAUAAAAGAAAUCUUGAAAAACAUUUUGAAAUUCAUCUUGACGUGAAACCUUUUGUUUGUGACUUGUGUGGUCAUUCUACAAGACUCAAGGAGUCGCUAAUAAUGCACAAGAGAUUACACACAGGAGAAAAACCCUUCAAGUGCGACAUAUGUAAUUAUGCAACUCCUGAUAAAUCUUCAUUAAGACGACAUAAACGAAGACACUCAAAUGAGAAGCCUUAUAAAUGUUCCUAUUGUGGUUAUAAAUGUAUCCAGAAACAUUGCCUCGAAAACCAUAUUCGUCGAAAACACACAGGUGAACAGUUUGUUUGUGGGUUGUGCCAUUUCUCAACUCACGAUCGAUAUGGGUUAAACCAGCAUUUCAAACAACAUCAGAAUGGUGGGGUUACCAGUGAGAUUACCCAGUCAUCCGCCAUUGUUAAUAUUUCAACUGAUUGUGUUGUGAAUUCCGCACCUAAAGAACAGGAAUCAACAAAAACAGACACCAACAUGAACUUAAAUAUGGAGAAUGUUGUUCUUCAAAUCCAACCAACGCAGGAAAACAACAAAUCUGAAACUUGGGCAACAGCAAGCAGUGCAAUGUCGGGCAGUGAUGUUCUUACUUCAAAUAAAAAUCUUGAAUCUCAAGAAAUUAAUGUUGAAGCUAUUGCUGUUAAUGCUGAACAGCAUAUGAUUCAACUAACUGGACCUGAAGGAACUUUAUUACAACAAAUACAACAACCUGGGGACCUUGUAUUUAUUAGGGAAAAUGGUGAAAUUUUGAUCAAGAAACCCGACGGUACUAUUUUAUUAAUCCAACAACAAAUGGAUGAGAAAGACAACAUGGAAGAGGUUUCACAGACACCUGAAACAACCGCAUAACAUGUUCGUAACUUAAUGUUGCCGCAAUGCAUUACCCACUGCCAUUCUAUCACUGUGUUAAGAUAAUAUUGACCUACAAUGAAAUAAAUUCGGAAAAUUUGAAAAAAA